AUGGAUGUGAUAUACCGAAGUGGAACCAAAUUGAUUUGGUCGAGCAGCAUGAACGACGAUCGGCAAACGUCGCUGGAAGACAAGCUCAAGGGAUUCGAGUGGUGGAGACGGUCCCUACAGUACAGAACGGGAUUAGGGCUAGAUGAGGAGGAAAAGUUGCAAUUUGAACACGAUUACCGUGUGAAAAAUCUUCCCCAGAAAUGUGAUAGUUGUAUUGAAUACCGAGACUGGAUGUUCAAGUACUCGCCAUCGGUCAAGUUUAUGAUGGAGCACGUGCAGAAGUUGGGAGGAAACCUUAGUAGCAAGAACAUCACCUGUGAUAUGUGUGAUGGGAUGAAAGGUGGAGGGUUUCAUCCAGAAAUGGGUAUUUUACUUUGUCUGAAUUGGAUCAAAGACAAGUGGCAAUUAGAAGAUAUCCUCACACACGAGCUCGUCCAUGCCUACGACCACCUCAAGUUCAAGGUGGACCUUACAAACCUCAAACAUCAUGCUUGUACUGAGAUCAGAGCAUCAGCAUUGAGUGGAGAAUGUAGAAUAUUGAAUGAGAUAAAAAAGACCGGGCUCGGAGACUUUGGAAGCAAGUUCCAGGCAUGUGUCAGGAGAAGAGCAGCUAUAUCUGUGAGCGCCAACCCCAAUUGCAGCUCGAAAGAAGAAGCAGAAAGUGUGGUGAAUGCAGUAUGGGAAUCAUGUUUCAACGAUACCCGACCAUUCGAGCGAGUAUACCGAUAA